AUCAGGGCUAUCGAUUCUGGUGGAGCUCAGCUCCCCAAGAAGUUCCACCACGACGACGUCGUCUCCCUCGUGAAGCAGCUCUACGUGGACAAGCAGCACUUGCACAGAGGCACGCUGGAGAAUAUCCUCAACCUCGUCAAGCCCAUCCUUGCAGACGAGCCCAACAUCGUGAAGAUUCCUCCCAUGCAACGGGUGACGGUCGUUGGCGACCUUCAUGGGAGUCUAGCGGAUCUGUCGCGAAUCUUCGAGCUGGUGGGAUGGCCCGGUCCAGGAAACACAUUCGUCUUCAAUGGGGACUUUGUAGAUAGAGGAGACCGCGGGGUUGAGAUCAUUGCUGCAUUGUUUGCGCUAAAGGUUGUGCACCCGAAGAAUAUCAUUCUGAAUCGUGGAAAUCAUGAAGAUACGAAGAUCUGCAAGCUAUACGGUUUUUUCGACGAGAUUGUUUGUAAAUAUGGAUGUCGAGCACUGUAUGAGAAGGUUUGCGAUGUGUUUACGUAUUUGCCCCUGGGGUGUGUCAUUGGAAACGAGGCUUUUGUUGUGCAUGCUGGCGUGCCCAGAACCAUGGUCAACAUCGAUCAAAUCAACUGUAUCCCAAGGAGAAAGUACUGGAUUGCAAGCAAACACGUCAUCUUGUUGAAACGCUGGCAGGAUCUACUUUGGUCUGACCCUGUUGAUCCUUCGAUUGACCAGACUGCAAAGGAUUUUGAAGCCACACCGAACUACUUCCGGGGAGCAGGAAUCAGAUAUGGGCCCGGUGUUGUUCGGGAGUUCCUGAAAAAGAACAAGUUGAAAACUUUGGUCAGAAGCCACCAGUGUGUUGGCAAGGGCUGGGAUGAGAUCCACUGCGGUCAAGACGUCUCUAUCUGGACUGUUUUCAGUGCGUCCAACUACGACGGAGUGGGAAACACAGCAUCUGUGCUGGUUUUCAAUGGAGACGGCAAGGGAGUCCCAAGGGUGGUCACUUUCUCGGCUGCAAACUCAGUGAUUCGCUGCUUGGGAUUCAAGAGCAGGCAAAAGCUUGUAGACUUGAUCUGUAUGAACAAAGAAGCUCUGCGGAGAGAACUGCUCUCGGUUGCAAAGAAGAGAAAGGACAUCAGGGAAGGAGAAUGGAGCCAAGUCCUACGGAGAGUCUUGAAGCUCAACAUCGACUUGCGGCAUCUGCGAGGGGAGCUCGUUGGAGUCCCCAGUGAUGGCAGCAAAAUGGUCAACGUCGAGAGCUUCCUGGAGCGUUACAAGAUGCAAGUGAUCCUCCCUGACGGGAUCUGCUUCUCACUGCCAGAGGAGGACGCGUUGGCGCAAUACCUUCUGCCGAAGGCCCACGAGGUCGCAAGCGUGUUCUACCUCCUCGACAAAAAUCUUGACGGCAAACUGACGCUGGAGGAGGCGAACGCGGGACUGCAACUUGCAAAGAAGAAGCUCGCAAGCUCAUACAUGUGGCAAGGGAACUUCGAGAUGAACGCGCACGAAAUCUUCGAGAGCUGCUUUGCUGCAGGUUCAGCAUUCUUGGAGGUCGUGCAGUUCUGUCGCGGAUGGUGCCAAGUCUUUCUCCAGCCUGACCUCAACUACCAGUUGUAACCUACGUCUUGUUCGCCCUGUUUGACUAGAGUCUUAUAUUGUUUCUACAACCGCAAGUUCUUAUGUAAAUCUUUAUAAGGUGG